AUGUCCAACGCGGAGAAGAUUGCCGAUCCAGCCCAGACCGUGGAGCAUGCCGAUUCGAUCUACACCGGCAAAGAUGUGGUGGAAGUCAAAGAGGUCAAGGGCAGCGAGGCCUUCAAUGAAGCUGUGAUCAAGGAGCCGGUGCCCCUGACCCAUCCUCGCACCGUGCUUCUCUUCUGCGCGCUGUUGAUCGGCUUCUUCUGCCAGACCAUGAACGGCUACGACACCAUGUUGUUCGGCGGACUGCUGAACAACAAGGAGUACUUCCUGGCCCACUUCCACGGCGAGAACAAGGGCAUUUGGGCCGGCCUCAUCACUUCCAUGUACCAGAUCGGAGGCGUGUGCGCCCUCCCCUUUGUCGGCCCUUGCAUCGAUCAAUGGGGUCGCCGGGUGGGCAUGUUCAUCGGCAGCCUCCUCAUCGUCAUCGGCACCAUCAUCCAGGGUCUGACUUCGGCCAACGCAUCCGAGGGCCAGAUGAUGGGAGGCCGGUUCGUGCUCGGCUUUGGAGUCUCCAUCGCCGCCGCAGCCGGGCCCAUCUGGAUCGUGGAGACGGCUCAUCCCAAACACCGUGGCAUCAUCACCGGCCUAUGCAAUACCACCUGGCUCGCGGGCGCCAUCCUGUCCUCGGGCGCGACCCGCGGUGGCCUGGAUAUCAAGAGCAAUACCUCCUGGCUCCUCCCCAUCUGGUUGCAGAUGGUCUUCCCUGGCCUGAUCUGCGUCUUUGCCUUCGUGCUUCCCGAGAGUCCGCGGUGGCUGUACACGCGAGGAAAGAGAGAGUCGGCCAUCAACACGCUGACCAAGUGGCAUGGCUUUGGGAACCGGGACUCGGCUUGGGUGCGACUGCAACUCAACGAGUACGAGGAGUAUCUGGAAAUGGACGGCUCAGACAAACGCUGGUGGGACUAUCGCGCCCUCUUCAACAAGAGAUCCAACCUCUACCGAGUCGCCGUUGCUUGCUGGUUCUCGGCUUUUACCCAAUGGUGUGGCAAUUCCGUUCUUUCAUACUUCAUGUCGGCGGUGCUGGACACGGCGGGCAUCAACGACUCGAUCGGCAAAGCCAACGUCAGUCUCGGCUACAGCGUGUUCCAAUUCGUGUUUGCGGUGCUGGGGGCACACUUCGUCGAGCGCAUUGGCCGGCGCAAGAUGAUGCUGACCGGAUUCUUCGGCGUCUCGCUGGUUUGGGUCUGCAUGUCCGCGUCGGCCGGGACGCUGGCACAUUCCCUCGUGUCGGGCAGCGUGCAGGAUGGCGACGCCAAGUUCAGCAACCACAACGCCGCCAACGCGGUGCUAGGCUUCAUUUUCAUCUACGGCGCGGUCUAUUCGUUCAACAUCACGCCUCUGCAGUCCCUGUAUCCGGUCGAAUGCAUCUCGUUCGAGAUCCGCGCCAAGGGCAUGGCCUUCCAGUCGUUCUUCGUCAACGCCGCCGGCCUGCUGAACCAGUUUGCCUGGCCCGUCGCCAUCAAGGAGAUUGAAUGGAAGACCUACAUCAUCUUCAUCGCCUGGAAUGUCGUCCAGGGAAUCUUGGCCUAUUUUUUCUUCCCGGAGACCAGAAAGCGAACGCUCGAGGAACUCGACAAGAUCUUCGAAGCCAAGAAUCCCGUCAAGUACUCAGUGCAGUCGCAUACUCUGGCCAUCACCGAGGAUCGCACCGUCGUGGCUGUCGACAAGGAAAGCAAGGUCUAG